AUGGAGGACUUGAAGGCUGAGGAAGUGAAAGGUCAACUCAAAGGGAAGGACCGUGACACUCUCGAGGAGUAUUUACGAAAUGCUGAUUUGACAAACAGUUAUGUACGCAAUGUCAUGGGCUUCUGCCUGGAGCACAGUGCGGCAGCAGAGGAGAUCGUGGAAGUGCUAACCGAUUCGCUGAGUAUCCCGCAGACGCCCAUCCCCACCAAGAUUGCAAGACUGUAUAUAGUGAGCGAUGUUUUGCACAACACAACUGUGAAAGGUGCUUCUUUCUUCCGAAGUUCAUUCGAAAGCCAACUGCCCGGAAUAAUGUCACAAUUGAACAUGGCCCUCAAUUCAAUCACCGGUCGCAUAAGGGCAGAGUACUUCAAGAAACGUGUUUUGAACGUUAUAGCAGCCUGGGAGAGAUGGUCUCUUUAUCCAUACACAUAUCUGAAUACGUUGAAGGAGAAGUUUCUGUACAUUCCGCCCAGGCCAGAGGACUCGUCCGCACCAUUAAGCGAGGUAGCAUCCACCGAUGCCGUGCAUGAAUCACGACAAAGUAAAGAUGACCUAGUAUCGCCGGCUUCAAUGCAAGAACCAAACACGGCGGAACCCCAACGGUUGCACUCACUCAUCCCUCCUAAAGCUGCAACUAAGGCUGGUUUCAAACCAAUUGGAUUCAGGCCGAUAGGAAACAGUAGCACAACAGAUACGGAACCAACUUCUACAAGAGCGCAAAAACGAGCAGCUGAUGACACGCCCGAGGAACCUGAGAAGAAAGUCAGGAUACAAUCGAAAUGGGAGUGAAGUUGAUGUGCUGUAGGCAAUAAAGCAUGGAUCGGGGUCUUGGUGUGAAUCUAAUCCAUUUGAAAAAGCAAGGGGAUGGUGCGUUUCAUAUCUACAAAUCAUUUGGAGUAGUCACUAAAUGUGUUAUCGAUAUUUAGAUAGAAUCAUUUCGCUUAGCAAUUGUAUUUAUCUUCC